GCGAGCCCGCAUCAUGGAUGUCGAGCUCUCCUAUUUCGCUUUGCUCGCCUUGGAAUUCGAGACUCCAGACGAGGACCAGGAUUCAUGAGCCGGUCGCAGGGGCCCAGGCAGGGGCCUCUGGCUCCCGACGCUGGCCGAGAGGUGAUGAGUGAGGUCGGAAGAUCGCAAGAUUUAAAAAGCAACCGGGUCCUCCGUAUUGAAUGAAAGACCCAGUGCAAAGGCAUCACCAUGAACACGAGCAUUCCUUAUCAGCAGAAUCCUUACAAUCCCCGAGGCAGCUCCAAUGUCAUCCAGUGCUACCGAUGUGGAGACACCUGCAAAGGGGAAGUGGUUCGUGUCCACAAUAACCACUUCCACAUCAGAUGCUUCACCUGUCAAGUGUGUGGCUGCGGCCUGGCCCAGUCGGGCUUCUUCUUCAAGAACCAAGAGUACAUCUGCACUCAGGACUACCAGCAACUCUACGGCACCCGCUGCGACAGCUGCCGGGACUUCAUCACCGGGGAGGUCAUCUCUGCCCUGGGCCGCACCUACCACCCCAAGUGCUUCGUGUGCAGCUUGUGCAGGAAGCCUUUCCCCAUUGGAGACAAGGUGACCUUCAGCGGGAAGGAAUGCGUGUGUCAGACAUGCUCCCAGUCCAUGACCAGCAGUAGGCCCAUCAAGAUCCGCGGACCGAGCCACUGUGCCGGGUGCAAGGAGGAGAUCAAGCACGGCCAGUCGCUCCUGGCGCUGGACAAGCAGUGGCACGUCAGCUGCUUCAAAUGCCAGACCUGCAGCGUCAUCCUCACAGGGGAGUACAUCAGCAAGGAUGGUGUUCCGUACUGCGAAUCUGACUACCACUCCCAGUUUGGCAUUAAAUGUGAGACCUGUGACCGAUACAUCAGCGGCAGGGUCUUGGAGGCGGGAGGGAAGCACUACCACCCAACCUGUGCCAGAUGCGUACGUUGCCACCAGAUGUUCACCGAAGGAGAGGAGAUGUACCUCACAGGUUCUGAGGUUUGGCACCCCAUCUGCAAACAGGCAGCCCGGGCAGAGAAGAAGUUAAAGCAUAGGCGGACUUCCGAAACUUCCAUCUCACCCCCUGGCUCCAGCAUCGGGUCACCCAACCGAGUCAUCUGCGCUAAAGUGGAUAAUGAGAUCCUUAAUUACAAAGACCUGGCAGCUCUCCCCAAGGUCAAGUCCAUCUACGAGGUACAACGCCCCGACCUCAUUUCCUACGAGCCUCAUUCCAGAUACACGUCCGACGAGAUGCUGGAGAGAUGUGGCUAUGGAGAGUCGCUGGGAACACUAUCUCCCUACUCCCAGGACAUCUACGAGAGCCUGGAUCUCCGACAGAGAAGGGCCUCCAGCCCAGGAUACAUCGACUCCCCCACCUACAGCCGGCAGGGCAUGUCUCCCACCUUUUCCCGCUCGCCUCACCACUACUACCGCUCUGGGCCCGAGAGUGGCCGGAGCUCUCCAUACCAUAGCCAGUUAGAUGUGAGGUCCUCCACUCCGACCUCUUACCAGGCUCCCAAGCACUUUCACAUCCCAGCUGGAGAAAGUAACAUCUACCGGAAACCCCCGAUCUACAAACGGCAUGGCGAUUUGUCAACAGCAACCAAAAGCAAAACAAGUGAAGACAUCAGCCAGGCCUCCAAGUAUAGUCCAGCCUACUCACCAGACCCCUACUAUGCUGCAGAGUCUGAGUACUGGACCUACCAUGGGUCCCCCAAAGUGCCCCGAGCCAGAAGGUUCUCAUCUGGAGGAGAGGAAGACGACUUUGACCGCAGCAUGCACAAGCUCCAGAGUGGAAUUGGCCGGCUGAUUCUGAAGGAGGAGAUGAAGGCCCGGUCCAGCUCCUACGCGGAUCCCUGGACCCCACCCCGGAGCUCCACCAGCAGCCGGGAGGCCCUGCACACAGCUGGCUAUGACAUGUCCCUCAAUGGCUCCCCUCGGUCACACUACCUGGCUGACAGCGACCCCCUCAUCUCCAAAUCUGCCUCCCUGCCUGCCUACCGAAGAAAUGGGCUACACAGGACACCCAGCGCAGACCUCUUCCACUAUGACAGCAUGAAUGCCGUCAACUGGGGCAUGCGAGAGUACAAGAUCUACCCUUAUGAACUUCUGCUGGUGACCACAAGAGGAAGAAAUCGACUGCCCAAGGAUGUGGACCGGACGCGUUUAGAGCGCCACCUGUCCCAGGAGGAGUUCUACCAGGUCUUCGGCAUGACCAUCUCUGAGUUUGACCGGCUGGCCCUCUGGAAGAGGAAUGAACUGAAGAAGCAAGCCCGGCUGUUCUAGGCAGAGGCUCUAUAAAUAUAUAUGCAUUUAUAUAAAGAUAUAUGUAAAAUCUCUAUACUGAAGCUCGGUAUAAUCCUCUCUUGUGUAAUGGGACACACUGCCUGCCAUGAGACUUGCUUUUCUGUACUGUCAGGCAAGCCCACGUCAUCGAGAUAUUUUUAUGCUCCUUACUCUCUCUUUUCUAAGUGCUCUGGGGUUUGGGAAGGGAUUUGAGGGGACUCCCAUCCUUUUGCUGGGGAUCCUUUUUAUACUGAAACAUCUGUCCCUAACCUGAGUCCCCCAAGGUCCAACUCUCUUCCUAAGGAGGUGCCUGAAGAAGUCUCUCUUCUCUCUGCUUCUCGGCUCUUGCCCCAGUCUCCAGGGUGGAUGCUGACCAUGGAGUUUUCACACCUUAUUGGCCCCAGAGGGGCCCUCCCAUGGGAGGAGCCACAGCGAUCUCCCUAAGUCCCUGAGCGCCUUUGAGAGCCCGUGCAGAAUUUUCUCCACCUCUCCAAUUAAGAGUUCGGUGCUCUCUGGGGGUGAUGCGCUUAGCAGUGUGGGCCUCGGAUCUACUCGAUACAGCAGCACACAGAAGUGGAUAGGGCCUUGGCCUCUCUGCAGCUCCUCAGUCCUCCUCCUUCUGUCCUUGAUCCUAACCUCUCCCUUGUCCAAGUCUCACGGUAGGGGAAGAAAAGGCACUUCCCUUCCCUCCGCCACUUGCAACCGGCCCCUUUGCCUGGCCCUGACGCGGAGACGAGGGAAGACGCGGGAGCUGGAAGCAGGAGCCAGAGCAGGGCACCUGUUAGAAUUGGAGCUGCAGGACCUCUUGGGACCCUCCUCUCACCCCCACUGUUCCCAGCGCCUCCUGACCCUUCCCCCCUUUGGAAGAGAGGCCCAGUACUGCAGCCUGUAUUCUUUGGCCUUACUACAAUCAAUGUGCCUGACAACUCAACACACCACAGGGCUAAUGUUCCCAUCAUAGCUCCAACAGUACAACUAGACAGACAACCUCUAAUACCCCUCUAAACAUCGGACAGGCCAUGUCCCAGAGAGAGCUUCCUGGUCUACCCCUGCUGGUCCCUAGGCUAAAAGGGCAACCAAACCAGCCCCCACCAGUCAUCGGCUCCCACUACAAGGUUGGCCAUGUCUCAUUGGGGAAACCUUUGGAAGAAUCGCUGCUUAUAGAAUUCCAGAAUGAAGCAUUGGCCAACACUGCUCACGAUCACCCUGGACUUCCCCAGUGGCUGCCUUCCCUGCCCCCUUUCCUUCCUGAACAAGAGUAAAAGCUUAACUUUAGCUUCUCUCCUCUCCUCCCUUCCCCAAACCUUUGACCCCAAGUUGGUGAUGUUUGGUGGGUCUGUUCCUUCUUGGAGAUGCCUUGAUUUAGAUCACUCUGAGGUCAUGGAGGAAAGACGAAGAAGUGAGAAUAACCAUUAUCACUGUCAAGAGGCUGGUGAUGUGACGUGGCAAAUAUAGAACUGACUUCAGUCCAGCAAACCCUCACUGAGCACCUGCUGAUGCUGAGCACCUGCUGUAUACAGAGCACGGAAUAAGGGAAGGAGAUGGGAACACCAAGAUGAGAAACACGGGAUCUGGGCUGGGGUGGGGGGCAUGCCUACUAACAAUGGGUGUCGUCAGGCAUGAACUCAAACGUGACUGUUGUAAGGCGGGAAGUGAUGGGAGAUGGCACGAGAGCAUGUUUGUAGCAUUCCUGAAAAGGUAGAUGCAGUUGGUGGAGACCAAGGAACGCUUUCUGGAAGAGAUCGCAUUUGAGCAAAGUUCAGGAAGGAUCUUUGUAAACUGAGAAGAGACUAUGACUUGAAAGGGUGAUGGGAUGAGGGGCCAAAAAGAGGUCUAACGUACUCUCACUUAAAACAUCAACCCUCUCUGCAAUUCUCUUUUUGGCCAGUGUAUUUCAACUGUCCCGACCCUUUAGAAAUGUCCCCAGCCAGACACAAUCAUUGAAACUGCCUCAUUAUCACUGGUUGAGAACUUGGCGAGACUGAAGGGCUUUUGUUAUCGUUGUUGGGUUUUUCUGUUUCCCAUAAAAGCACAUAAUUUCAACCCAGACCUGUGUCCUGUUGUUUCCAGUGUGAGUGGAAAUGUGUGAUAUGGGAAGAGACCGAUCGUGCACAUGUUCCAAAAUAAAAGAGUCUAGAGAGCAGCUGUCCCUUGGCCUCAGUUUCUCCUUCUGUACAUUAAAAUUUGACAACGUAAGCAUCACCCAGAUUGUUUCCUGCAGAACGUGGGGUCCUGCAAGAUGGUACAAGAUGUUCCAACAACUACAGGUCCGUGAUCCAAAAAAUAACGAUAAUGACAAUAGUUCAUUAGUAAGUACCAACAGUGUGCCAGUCUCGAUGCCUCGUAUAUGCCUCAUGUCAUGUCAGUCAGCCUCUGUAACAACCCAGGAGGGAGGAAAUAAUAAUUAUUUCCAUCUCACAGAUGAGGAAGCAGCUUUCAAGAGGACACAUGAUUACCGUGAUGGAGCCAGGAGCCAAGUCCAGCCUUUUGGGGCUUAGACCAGCUUAGCCGCGCUUAGCAGUCAGGAUGUUUUCUGCCACAAGUAAGGAGCGCCUUCUGAAGAGUGACUUA